AUGGCGGCAGAUUUUGGUACUCCAGGAGAGUUGAAACAGCCUGUUUCAACUUACCUCGAUGCCGAACGAAUACAAGCGAAAGACAAAUCGGGGUAUGGCAAGCAAAAACAUUACGAACUGGCUUCUGAAGAAGUGAUGCUACGUAAUAAAUCUCUUCGUGAUCCUGCCACAAGUUAUGAUAUAAACCAUACGUCGCUUUACAGAUACAUUAAGAAAAAACAAGCGUAUGAGAGCAAUAAGACCAUUCAACCACCCUCAAUUGGAUAUCAUCGCCCCACAGUGUUUACCAAAGAGGAAGAAAAAUCAUUGUGUGAAUACGUUUUGACCUGCUCUGAUGCCAAUUUUGGGUUGAGAUUCCGGACGACCGGGAUAUGGCCAUUGAACACUGAAAUAUUUCGUGAAGAGGAGUUUUUGCCCAGUCAGGUGACCGAUCGAGCACUGCCACCAACAGUACUUGUACACGAAGAUUCCGUUGUUCAAACUGAUCAUCCUGAAGUUUCAAGGACCAGCAGAGAAGCCGAACGAGCUCCAAGCCCACCGAUCAAUAAUUCACUCUAUUAUAAUCCCACUGUUUCUAAUACUAAUGCAAAUGCAGAAGUAUCAUGCACUCCCACAGUUUUGUCUUCAAAUCAAGACGAUGCUCCUACGCCUGAUUCACUUUAUCCUGUGCCAUCAACUUCGAAGGUAUCUAUUACGUCGGCAGCCAUUAGUGAGGUUUCUUCAACUUCAAAUACAUCUACUGUAACUACUGCAGUCAGUGUAUUUUAUCCGGAAGCAAUAAGACCUCUACCGAAGGCAGAGGCUAGGAAGAAUACGCAAAAACGGAGAAAGAUAAAGUCAGCUAUAUUAACUGACACUCCUGUAAAAAAUGAGCUAGAAGCCAUUCAAGCUAGGAGAAACACCAAAAAAGUAAAAAGACCUGCGUUAAACCUAGAAAAUAAAACUAAGAAAUCCGUUAGCAAAACAAGGAGGAAUUGUAAGAAUAAAGGAAAAAUAAGUGAGAAAGAAAGUAGUGACAGUGACGAUGAUGACUGCUUCUGCGUAGUUUGUAUGGAGCCGUUUUCCCAAAGUGUCCCAAAGGAAGAAUGGAUUCAGUGUAUAGAAUGCAAGUCAUGGGCUCAUUUGGCCUGUACAAAAGGCGACUUGUUCUACGUGUGCCAUAAUUGCUUCUCUGAAUAG